AUGGAUAAAAAUCAGCAGUCAAAUAAGACUCAUAGAGGUGGGGGGUCCAGCAAGACCCCUGCUAAGAAAAAAUUGCAUCAGAAUGGAACGAAUGCAAAGGCGUUUGCAUUUAAUGCACCAAAGAAGUUAGAGCGUCAAGCCAGAAGAUCUCAAGAAGUCAAUGAGAGGAAAUUGCAUGUACCAAUGGUGGAUAGGACACCAGAUGAUGAUCCUCCUCCAGUUAUAGUGGCCGUGGUGGGACCUCCAGGUACAGGUAAGACCACUUUAAUCAAAUCUUUAGUUAGAAGAUUAGCCAAGACAUCUUUAACCGAAGUGAAAGGUCCAAUUACUUUGGUUAGUGGAAAAAGAAGAAGAUUAACAUUUAUUGAAGUGGGAAAUGAUUUAAACUCCAUGAUUGAUGCAGCCAAGAUUGCAGACUUAGUCUUGCUCUUGAUUGACGGUAAUUUCGGAUUAGAAAUGGAAACCAUGGAAUUCUUAAACAUUGCUCAACAUCAAGGUAUGCCCAGAGUGCUUGGUGUCUCCACACAUUUGGAUUUAUUCAAAUCCCAAUCAACCUUAAGAACAUCGAAGAAGAGAUUGAAGCAUAGAUUCUGGACCGAAGUGUACCAGGGUGCCAAAUUAUUCUACUUAUCGGGUGUUAUCAACGGUAGAUACCCAGAUAGAGAAAUUUUAAAUUUGAGUAGGUUCAUAUCUGUCAUGAAAUUCAGACCAUUGAAAUGGCGUAACGAACAUCCAUAUCUUUUGGCUGAUAGAGUAACGGACUUAACUCAUCCUCAGGAUAUUGCUGAUAACCCAAAGUGUGACAGGAAGGUAGCCAUGUAUGGGUACUUGCACGGUACUCCAUUACCCUCUCAAAAUGCUCAAAUCCACAUUGCUGGUGUCGGUGACUACACAGUGCAUGCCGUAGAAAAGUUACCUGAUCCAUGCCCAACUCCAUAUUAUGAACAAAAACUAGAUGAUUUGGAAAGAGAAAGAGCAAAGGCUGCAGCAGAAGCUGGUGAAACUUUAGCAAAAGCCACGCCAAGAAGAAGGAAGAGAUUGGAGGAUAGACAGAAAAUCAUUUACGCUCCUAUGUCCGAUGUAGGUGGAGUUCUUGUAGAUAAAGAUGCUGUAUAUAUUGACAUGGGCAACGAUGGGGACUUCGUUAAAGGAGAGGAAAAAGGAGAAGGUGAAAAGUUGAUGACCGAUUUACAAGAUGUUCAGCAGACAAUGAAGGAAAGAUUUGAAGACGGCCCUGGAUUGAAAUUGUUUUCUUCUUCAAAAGAGUUGAAUAAGGGUGAAGACGACGAACAAUACGAAAGUGAAAGCGAAGAUGAAGAAGAAGAAGAAGAAGAAGUAGAACAGAUAAACACUGGAAGAAAGAGUAUGAGAAACCCAAGAAUAUACGGUAAAUCUGUUCAAGAAGAUGACGAGUUUGAUGAUGCCAAUUCUGACGUUGAAUAUGAUUCCGAUGGUGAACCAAAAUUAGUUGAAAUCGAUUUCAAUAAUAACAGUGACAAAUACAAGGAAGAUGAAUUAGAAUUUGAAGAAGACUCCUCAUUAUCUUCCGAUGAAGACGAUUUCCGUUCAUCUGCAUCGAAGCUUAGAGGCUCAAUACAAAGAAAAUGGAAUAUCAAUAAAUUGUUGUAUUUAGACAAUGUUUCACCAAGUGAAGUUAUCCUGAAAUGGACGAAACAAGGUGUUGAGGAGGAGGAAGAGAGUGACGAGGAAAACAUUGAAGAUGACGAUGACGAAGCAUUUUUCAAGAAAAGAGAUACCAGAGGUUCAUCAGAAGACUUGGAUCAAUUCAUUCCGUCUUUCCCAAGUGUGGAUGAACUUAGAUUGAAGUUCAGCGGUGAAGAAGACGAUGAUGGAUUUGCUUUAUUGAAGAAUAAAUUCUUGUCAGCUCCAAAAUUAAAUGAUGAUUCUAAGAACGAAGUAAAUGAUGAAGAAAAAGAUGAAGAAGACUUAUAUGGGGACUUCGAAGAUUUGGAAAGCGAGCAAGAAAGCAAAAAUGGCAAAUCUGAGAGUAGAAAGAUUGUUGAAAUAGAUGAAGAUGUCAGUGAAGAUGAAGGUGACGGAGAUGAUUUUGCGGAUUUUGAAGAGGAAGAACAAAAGGAUGAACUUGCUGAAGCCAAUGAAGACCUCUCAGUUGAAGAUGAGAGAAGAUUAAAUGCAGAAAAGAAAGCAAAAUUAAAGGUUCAAUUUGAAGAUGAAGAAGACAGAGAAUUUGGAGUAGAUGAUCCAGAAGGAGAUACUGAAGCUGAUACCUGGUAUGAAUUUCAGAAGAAUAAAAUGGCCAAACAAUUGGAAAUCAACAAAGCUGAAUUUGAGGAAAUGGACGAAGCAACCAGAUUGAAGAUUGAAGGUUAUACUGCAGGUUCUUACGUUAAGAUUGUAUUUAAUAAUAUUCCUUGCGAAUUUAUGAAUAACUUCCAACCAGAAUUCCCAUUAGUAUUAGGAGGUUUAUUACCUACCGAGUCAAGAUUCGGAAUAAUGAACGUAAGAAUCAGAAGACACAGAUGGCACAAGAAGAUUUUGAAGUCUCAAGAUCCAUUAAUCUUAUCAUUAGGAUGGAGAAGGUUCCAAACUUUACCAAUUUAUACCACAUCAGAUUCUAGAACACGUAAUAGAAUGCUUAAAUAUACUCCUGAGCACGCAUAUUGUUUUGCUUCAUUUUAUGGUCCAUUAGUUGCUCCCAAUACUACAUUUGUUGGCUUCAACAUAGUUGCCAAUUCAUCCACCACAGGCUCCUUCAGAGUAGCUGCCACUGGUGUCGUUGAAGAUUUAAACUCUUCAGUCGAAAUUGUUAAGAAGUUGAAAUUAGUUGGUCACCCAACGAAGAUUUUCAGAAACACUGCCUUUAUUAAGGACAUGUUUAGUAACUCUUUAGAAGUCGCUAAGUUUGAAGGGGCAUCCAUUAAAACAGUUUCUGGUAUCAGAGGUGAAAUUAAGAGAGCAUUGUCCAAACCAGAUGGUCACUUUAGAGCUACCUUUGAGGACAAAAUUUUAAUGUCCGAUACUAUCUUCUUAAGAACUUGGUAUCCAGUUAAGGUAAAACAAUUUUACAACCCAGUGACCUCAUUAUUGUUAGGAGAUCAUGCAGAAUGGAAGGGUAUGAGAUUAACCGGUUUGGUUAGAUAUGAACAAGGAUUGGUUACUCCACAGAAUGCAGACUCUGCCUAUAAGAAGAUUGAAAGGGUUGAGAGGAGGUUUAACCCAUUGAAAGUGCCAAAGUCAGUUCAAAAGGACUUACCAUUCAAAUCUCAAAUUCAUGCUAUGAAACCUCAAAAGAAGAAGACCUACACCACUAAGAGAGCAGUGGUAGUUGGUGGCGAAGAAAAGAAGGCUCGUGACUUGAUGCAAAAGUUGGCUACUAUAAGAAAGGAGAAGGAUACUAAGAGAAGAAGCAAGAAGGAUGAAAAGUUUAAGGAGAAGUUAAAGACUAUAGCAAAGAAGGAAGAAUUAAGAAAGGAGAAGGAGAAGGAGAGAAGAAACAAUUUCUUUGCGAAAGAAGGAAAGAAACGUACUUUGGGAUCUAGCGAAGGUAACAGCCAAGCAUUUGGAAAGAAAGCAAGAAGAUAG